CUUUGCGACUGCUUGUACGAGUGCUUUACGAAAAAUCUAAAUCAUGCCACCCAAAGCGAGCGGCAAGGCUGUGAAGAAAGCCGGAAAGGCUCAGAAGAACAUUAGUAAGACCGAUAAGAAAAAGAAGAGGAAGAGGAAGGAGAGUUAUGCCAUUUACAUCUAUAAAGUAUUGAAACAAGUACAUCCGGAUACCGGAAUCUCCAGCAAAGCUAUGAGCAUCAUGAACAGCUUCGUCAACGAUGUCUUUGAGCGUAUCGCUGCCGAGGCAUCUCGUUUGGCGCAUUACAAUAAGCGUUCGACAAUUACCUCUCGGGAGAUUCAAACUGCUGUGAGACUCUUGCUACCCGGAGAGUUGGCUAAACACGCUGUGAGUGAAGGUACCAAAGCUGUCACCAAGUACACCAGCUCCAAGUGAACAAUUCCUCUCAAGACCACAACGGCCCUUAUCAGGGCCCCAAAUUUAUUUAUAUGUUGGCUAUUCUCACGCUUUAAAUAUUUUUAUAGUAACAAUAUAUAUUUAUGCAUAUUCAUAAACAAACAUCCUUAUUCAUUUUAUAAACUGCUAAAGUUUAUGGAACUAAUCUUAAAGAUGUAAGAUUAAUUUAGAAAACUGCAAGAAACAU